GUACUUGUGCCCCACUACGGCACCCUCUUACUCAAAAAGGCACCACACCCUCUUCGAAUUCACUACUUCAGCGACCGCUGAUCACGAGGCAGUGUCUUUAGGACCGACCGUCACUGGCAGGAUGCGCUGAAAACUCGAGGCUGGCACUGCAUACCACCUAGGCGACUAAAUUUAUCAUGUUACUUCCCAGGAACACACUAGUUGCUGCGGUAUUAACUAACACACCGUGACACAGUCCUUGACUAAAAAUGCAGCUGCGCACAGGCAGGGUUUAUCCCAUCCCUCAGGGUGUCCGUCUGGUACUGACACAGUCUGUGACUGCGCCGAACUAAUUUCGUUUCAUCGUGACCACGUUUUGCUAUUUCCUUUCUUCUUUCCUAUAUUACAUUCAACUUCUCCAUCUUUCGAUUUCGCUGACUACGUCAGUCCCCCCCCUUUUAAUGGCUCCAAAUACCUCCUGGAACACGUUUCGGAAAUUUCGUCGCAUUGUUCUCGCUUUGGCUUCGAUUAUUUCCUUGACAUGGUCCAUCAUCAUAGCCGUGUACAUUGCCAACAAUUGGUCAGGCUACAAUUCCGGCGAGCGCGGAUUUCUGUUCGGUCUCCUUGUUCUUGACUUCGUUGCUUCGAUUUUGUUGUAUCUCAUGAUCGUCGUGCAAUAUCAUUUUUGGCCAGACGCCGCGCGAACGGCAGUACUUUUGUGUCUUGACGUCGCCGGUACCGUAGUCUUCAUGAUUCUUAGCCCAAAAUUUCCGUGUAGCGCUUUUGGCUCUACUGCAAAAUGUCAUAUUAUGACAAUGACGGUCCUCAUAGGAUCUUGGGUUAUUUCCGCACUGAUGCUUCUGUAUGCCAUCUGCCUGCCUUUCGUGUUUUCUAUCCCUCGUCCACCCAGCCCAACUCAAACUGACAAUUUGGAGAAUCAACCUGAUGUUUUGGAGGUCUCGGAAGAUCUGCACAUGUCUCAUGCGUCGUCUGCGUCUCAAGCGUGGCUCUUCAAAAAGCAAGAGAUGUCUCCUGAGGACCCUGCAUCGGAGCUUCCGUUUCCCCAACACAUCCCUGCUGACUACCAGCUUCCCAGCAAUGCUGUGUCACCGUCGUCGUUGCACAUGCCACCACAAGAAACGCGUGAUGAUCACAUCGAAUUGGAGAUGCUAAAUACUGCUUCAGUCUAUUCUGACGCAUCUCCUCAAUAUAGCACUGUGAGAACUAUCCGUGCUCCAGACAUUGCCGACAGAAGCCCGAAUUCAUCUGGCUCAUCCUCUCCACGACAAUACUCACCUCACUUGGAUCAUCUUCAGUCAUCCGGUUUGCCGAACCGCUUCGUCGGCGAGACUUUGGAUGUCAAUCGUGAUUCAGUGGCCAGCAGCCUAUAUGGAUCCACUUAUGAAUUUCCCACAGUCCCCGUACCACUCGCUGAAGCACCUCAUCGAAACCUGAGUGUGAUCACAGGAAGUUCGGCCUCAAUGUAUUCCCAAGGAACUAUGUUUGCCCGUGCCAGAACUACAUCCCCCGCAAGUCCAACUACUCGUCUGAUUGCAUCGCCGUCGAUGUCGCGCUCCCCUGUUCACCUGUCUGUACAUUCCAUGAUGGCUAGCGUCCACGAUCAUGUGGAGUAUCAGGCUGCAAGAGGACCAAACGAACCCACGUUUGAACUUCACCUUUCCGAUGUCCCCAGAAGAGAUUCUCAGGACGAGUCAUUGGAUUUUCCUCGGGACGUAGUGCAAGAUCCUGUUCAACAUCCCCCACUAGUGCGGCCCAGCUUGCAACAUCUUCGCAAUGAUUCCACAAACUCUAAUAUCGAUCUGGACGGGUGGAGGAGACUCGUCCUUAGCGCUGCUGGGCGAGAACAAUGAUAUUAGAUUUGGACUUUCACUUAUAGUAAUCUACAUUGGCAUUUAAUGGCCUGCCAAUAUGACCUGGACUUGUGCUCGAGGCCCAUGUACUUAGUACCCGUAGUUGCCUUAUGAGGAUGACGUACGUCGACUUGUCAAUAGUUUACUACUUAUGCCUGUCGA